CCACAACUGGACAUGCUAUUUAUUACUUGGGUGAAGCACGAAACUUGGUAUUAUGGUAUAGUAAAUGUGUGCUACAGAUAUAUUAAUGACCGAUUAGGCUCUGGCGAGGAACUCGAAUGGAAAAUUCAUUGGAUAGUGGAUGUUCAAGGUUCUUUUUCUCUCUCUUUGUGGGUAUUAUGUGCGCAUUACAUUUUUUGGGCGGCAGUGCACGACCAUGAUCUAUGGGCGAGCUGCCCCUGAUUAUAAUCAUCAUUAUCUUUAUUAUGACUAAACUAGACGCUGCCAUGGCCACCGCUCCUUGCUGUCUGUGCUGGUGCGCACAAUGUUGGUCAUGAAUGACGGAAUAAACUUUAAUGUUUUCCUUCGUCGCCAGCUCUACCAGGAAAAAAUUGUGUCGUAUCCGGUUUCUGGCUCAUCCCGGACACUGUGCAGUUGUAGGCUUUGUAGGUUGGCCUACAAGCGGAUCAACCACAACAAAAUCCGGUACUGAAUCGAGGCCAAGUUCGCGACCAGGCCAGAUAUAAGAGCCAGGUUUAUGGACGUCGGGCAAUACUGCAGCUACAGACAAGCAAAGGGAGGUUGGAACUUGCCACAGACUUACUACAGUGAACAGGUGGAAAACUGGCCACAAGCUUACAGACGACCAAAGACAGGUUGAGAUUUUUCACACAUUUACAGACGACCGAGUACCAUGGCGCCAUCCUACAACUUUCUUACACUGAUUGGACCACUUUGCCUCAUGCUCAUUUCUGGAACUGAAUCAUGGACAAACAAUGAGGUCACAGUACAACUGGCUUGCUCCAGUGGGCCACACACCUGUGCUGACGUCCAAGGUUCGAACCCCCGUCCUGUGGUUACUCUUUCCAACGGCCUGGAAGUUGUCUGUGACACUGUGACAGACAAUGGAGGUUGGAUUGUUAUGCAGAGACGAGCGUCUGCCGACGUGGACUUCUACCUUAACUGGGUAGACUAUAAGUACGGCUUUGGGGAUGUCUACGGCAACUUCUGGCUCGGCCUGGAGAAAGUCCACCAGCUGACGUUCAAAAGACGGUACGAACUGAGGAUUGAUAUCACAUUCAACGGACAGGACUACUAUGCUAACUACGAUAACUUCACUCUCUUUGGAGAGCCGGAGAACUACAGAAUCCGGGUAUCUGGAUAUUCGGGUAAUUCAUCUGAUGGACUAGGCUACCACAAUGACCGGCCUUUCACAACCAAAGACCGCGACAACGAUGCGCACGGAACCAACUGCGCCGCACAGUUCCACGGUGCUUGGUGGUACGGCGCCUGCCACAACUCCAACCUCAACGGCAAAUGGGGAAGUCACGAAUACGCCGAGGGCUUGACUUGGGACACCACCACCGGCGAUUACGAUACCCCUACUUUUACUGAAAUGAAGAUCCGGCCUCUCGAUUCUUGAGACAGAGCUCGCCGGCAGGCAUACUUUUAUGACUUUCAUGUUAUACAAUUUUCUGAAUGCUCAAAACAAUGAUUUGAUAUAUCUUUGAA